AUGUUCGAGCGCUACGUCGCUGUCCAAUUCUACGAACCGGAAGAUGCGCCCGGAAAUUUUGAGCUUUGCUCUCAUCUUGAUUUCGGCCAUCCUACUGUGGAAUCGAUAACCUUGAAACGCUUCAAAAGCGUCGAAAAGGAUGGAGCAAUCUACAGAGUCCUCCAGACGCUCGAACCAAAAAUCGACACGCCGUCUCUGCCCGAUCCUGGCUAUCUGCUAUUCGCCUUCAAGACGAUGGAGGACAUGUCGACAAACUUUUUCCUGAAUCAAUGGAAGACGUGGACCGGGGCGAGGCUAUUCCGGAGCGCCCUGGAGCCGCACAUACCGGUUUCUCACUCGGUAAAAAUCGUAUCCGACGGUGUCGAUCUUGGAGAUGAAUGCCGACUAGUCGACCUGAAUCUACAAAUUUUCGACGAAAACGGCAAUGGAAACGAGCCACCGGAGCCGGCCCCAAAUUUGUUCCUGAAGAUUACGGAAGCCACGCAAACUGAGGAAGACAAAAUUCGAGAUGAAGGCACGCAGACCGAAAAAUUUGUCAAAAUUGAUCGCCAAAUCUCGCCAAUGACCGAGUCGAGGAGGAACAGCUUCUGUUCCUUACCACGUUCUCCGGCAAUCCAGGACUUGGCGGGGCUAUUUGGGGACGGACUUCAGAAGCCGAAUGAGAGUCCUGAAGCCGUGAAAAACGAGGCUCUCGUUUUGCAGACCUGGGACCGUCUAUCCGCCGAACUAGAUGGCUAUCUGCAAAGGAUGCUCCGGGAGUCGCGCCCCAAAGCGUCGCCACCGCCGAUGCGAUGUGCGUCCGAGGAUAGCGAGCAGUUUUUCCGGAAGCUGAGGGAGAAGUACUUCAGAUCGCCCGAUUUUCCCAGGGAGGAGAGGCAUCGGACAGUCGUCCUGGUCAACGACACA